CUCGCCUCCGCCAGAACAACGAGGUUGACGGUUUGACGCCGAAAAGUGGGCAAGUCUCAGUUCUUGACACAAGAAACUCCGGCAUCAACCGGACCCCCGGCGGGCGCAGGACUCAGGACCCUACUCAGGGCCCCCAGUUUUCCCCAGUUUUCCAUAAAGCUUAAACCGACCCUUUCUCCUCGUUUCCUCAUUUCCACAUACCGAGCUGAAGCAAGAAAUAGAAAAGAAGGGAACUGGACAGGGCGAAAAGACCCAAAAGAUGGCAGCGGUAAGGAGAUCCGGAAGUGGGACCAGCACCACCAGCAUGCGACCGCCGAGCCUACCCUCCAUCCCCGAUCUCGAUUACCUCGAUGACAUAUCCGGGCUACAAUUCGACGGUCAAGACGGAGAAAAAGAAGUCGUAUUCCUCGGGGCACCAGCCGACUACCUCUCCCUUGAUGAAAGGAUAGCCGUGGCGGCAACACGAGCGCGGGCAAGAACGGUGGUAACAGUCGCUCCUUUCCCACCAGCACGAUACGCCUCCCCACCGCCAACCUCCUCGUCAAGAUCAUCAUCAACAUGGUUCGAAAAAGAAGCAACCACCACCACCCCCACCAUCCCCUACCCCGUCCAACGAAGCAAAUCCCAAUCAACCAUACUCCAAACCCGCUCCCCACCAUUCAGAGUCAACACCCCUGAUCUCUCCUUUCAAAACCGACCAAAAAGUGUUUCCUGCCUCGGGGACCUCCUCUAUCAAUCCAAAGCCCUCCACGCCUCUCCCGGCCCCUCCACUUCCAGCAGUACUUCAAACUCUUCCACCCUCGAAUCCUGGACAAUAACCUACCACGCCCCCAUCGAGCGCCUAACCACCCGCUACUGCCUCCUCGGCCUCCCCUUCCCCCUCUGCCGACGCACCGAAAUCGAAGAAGGCCGCAUCCUGUCCAUCACCCCAAACAUCCACUUCACCCAAACCGAACUGUUGUCUGAAAUCGCCUCCGACAAAACCCACUUCACCGCCCGCACCGGAAAACCCCCCUCCAUGCACGCCGGCGAUCUCGACCGUCGGCUCCGGUGCCUUGACUGGAAAGUCCAGGACGAAAUCUAUGAUUUGCUCAACGACAGGACGACAAGCAGUAGUAACGCGUUCAAGAGAAGGGAAUGGAAGGUUGUUGUCAUGGUGGCAGUGGAAGCAGGGGAGAUCAUGACUGAACGGGGGGCUGAUGAGGAGACCAGGUCGUCUAAAACAAGGGGUGCGGGGGGUAAAAGGAGGAGGUUGCUUGAUGGGACCGGUGCCAGAGGGUUGUGGUUGAGGAAUGUGCUGAGGAAGGAGAAAAAGAUGGCCAAGGCGGCGGUGACGGAGUAUAGGUUGAUAUUGAGGGGGAGGGAGGUCAAGGCGAGUGAGCAGGGGUGGGGGUAUUACAACCGGUAUACCAGGCCUUCGAGGGGGGCACUGUGCGAUAAUGAAAAGGAGAAGAACAAGGAAACUGGGGUGAAGAGGCGGUGGUCGACUAUGUCGAGUAUUUCGACCAUGACGACGAGGACGGGGAAGAGUGAGCGGUAUGUGGACUUUUGAGAUGAGAUAGUUAUGGUUAUUAUGGUAGAUAUGACACCAGGGUAUCAUGGAUGGAAUGAGGGUAUCAUUAUCAUGGGUCUGAUGGCAGUAUAUACGAUGUGUCGCAUGACUGGAUGUUGGGGUUGGGCUGUUGUAAAUAUCAUGUUGAACUUUCGGCGUGAAGCUCCCGGA